AUGGCUCCUACCACUCCCACAUCUACUUCAUCCGAUAAGCCAUUUGGCAUCAGUCAGAUCCGAGCAUACAUACCAAUCAUCUUGGAUCUCGAAAAGAUGAACUAUGAUGUGUGGAGAGAACUGUUCGAAACACACUGCCUUACCUUUGGCGUGCUCGAACACCUCGACGGCACAACCGCCGCUACACCAGACACAGAGAAGGUCUGGAAAGAACGUGAUGGUCUUGUGAAGAUGUGGAUCUACGCCACCAUCAUCGAUUCCCUCACCGAAACAAUUCUUAAGUCAAAAAGCACUGCUCGUGAUCUCUGGCUUGCAUUGGAGAAUCAGUUUCGUGACAACAAAGAAAGCCGUGCUCUCCAACUGGAGAAUGAAUUGCGGACUAUCACCAUUGGCGAUCUAACAGUCCAGGAGUACUGCCGCAAAUUGAAAACCUUAUCUAAUUUGUUGGCCAAUGUUGACUCCCCUGUUUCUGACCGUGCUCUCGUUAUGCAUUGUCUGAAUGGCUUAAACGAGAAGUUCGAUGGCAUUCACAACGUCAUCCGUCAUCGAUCCCCAUUUCCCAGCUUUACAACCACUCGCUCCAUGCUGCAGUCGGAGGAAGACUGCCUUAAGAAGCAGGUUCGUCCCCCUGCUACACCAGCCGCCACGGCCUCCUCUCCGACCGUUCAUAAUGCUGAUCAACCUCCCUCCACCAACUACACUAACAGAGGCAACCACAACAAACACAAGGGACGCGGUGGUGGUCGCGGAAAUUGUGGUAGAGGACGUCACAACAACAACUCUGGUCACUUCUUGCCUGGAUCCUAUGGCUCUCAACCAGUCAGCUAUCCUCCCUCUCAGUGGAACUACAAUGCUCCUCCGUGGCCAUACCCGUACUAUCCGUCCCCAUACCCGUACCAACAACAGUUCGCUCCACCGACUCGUCCACACACCGGUUUCCCAUCCUAUGCUCCACAUCCACAGGCUCAUCUCGUUCAGGACGGCACCGGGGACACGUCUUCCUCUGCAUUAGUUCCCACGGCUCUUGCUCAUGCGUUCAACACAAUGACGCUUCAGGAUCCUGUUGUCACUCUUUGGGUCAUGGACACAGGCGCCACUGCUCACGUUACUUCCCAACCAGGUAAUCUCACGACUGUUUUUAAUAAGAGCAUAACUCCCUCUGUCAUUGUCGGUAAUGGAUCACUUGCUCCUGUCACAAACUCUGGUCACGGAACCUUACUUACCCCGUCCCGUGCUCUUCAACUUCAAAAUGUGCUUGUUUGUCCAUCCUUUGUUCAAAACCUGAUUUCAGUUCGUCGCUUUGUUACUGACAACAUUUGUACUAUUGAAUUUGAUCCCUUUGGUUUCUCUAUUAAGGAUCUUCCGACCAAGCAGACUCUCCUCCGAUGUGACAGUCCGGGACCACUGUAUUCGAAGACACCCACCACACAACCAUCUCCUCCUCUCGCUCUCACCUUGGGUAGUUCUCUUUGGCAUCGUAGGUUGGGUCAUCCGGGAAGUUCAGUUCAGCGCUCUCUACAUUCUUUUGGCUUUAAUAAAGCUGACAUCACGUCUGUAUGUCAUGCUUGUCGUUUAGGGAAACACUCUCGUCUUCCGAUUUAUUCUUCGUCUACUGUUGUUACAGAACCAUUUGAUAUUGUUCACUCAGAUAUUUGGACAUCUCCAGUUUUAAGCAACAGUGGUUUCAAAUAUUAUCUCUUAUUUAUGGAUGACUUCUCUCACUUUAUAUGGAAUGGUAGGGCUGAGAGUAUGCUCCGUACUAUCAACAACCUUUUGCGCACGUUUCUGAUACAAGCUCAUAUGCCUUACACUUUCUGGGUCGAAGCUCUCCUGGCCUCUGCUCACACACUCAACCUUUUACCAUCAUCUUCCAUCAACAACCUUACUCCGUUCUCUCGUUUGUUCAACAAACCUCAGACAUAUGAUCAUUUACGAGUGUUCAGAUGCCUCUGUUACCCUAACGUGCUAUCCACGGCUCCUCACAAACUGGCUCCCCGGUCUGUCGCAUGCGUGUUUCUUGGCUAUCCUGCUAACCAUCGCGGUUAUCGUUGUCUUGACAUUGCAUCUCGCAAAAUCCUACUCUCACGUCAUGUUGUCUUUGUCGAAAAUGUCUUCCCAUUCUCACAACUUCCACCGCCAAACACACCAAAACCAGUUCCUCUUCUUCCUCCGCCUAUCCCACCAUCAAGGCCUGUUCCUUCUCCUUCCGACGGUAUUCCUUCACCGUCGGCUUUGCCGCCUUAA